UCAACUUCUGGUUGAUUAUUCAGUAGUCAUGGCUCGAACUUUAAUUUUGGCAGCAAUAGUUUCCAUCUCUCUGGCAUUUCCUUGGAAUGCCCAAUUUGAGGAAUACGAUUCAUCUGAUUCCGGUAGGAUUGUUGGAGGGUCUAACGCAUCAAUAAACGAUUAUCCCUAUGCAGUGCAAAUUAAUACGGGUGAUGCCUUUUGCGGUGGAUCAAUAUUGUCCAACGCAUGGAUACUUACGGCGGGUCACUGUUUAGUUGACGCAAAUGUAAUCAAUGUAACGGUUCUUGCUGGUGCUGAACGUACAUUCGGUGAUGGUGUUCUAAUACAAGCUGAAGAACUCUUCAUCCAUCCUCAAUACUCUGAGCCUCCUAACACGACUGACGGAGGUCCCGACUAUGAUGUCGGUUUGAUUAAAUUGUUACAAAAUUUGACCUUCAGUGAUACAAUUCGGAGUAUUCGACUAAUUAAUGAAAAUCAACAAAUAGCACCAGGAACCAAUGCCACGCUUGUAGGAUGGGGAUUGCAGUCAGAAAAUGUUAAUGACACUUAUACUGAUGUACUUCAAGCAGUUUCUGUUCCAGUUAUCGCACAAGACAGAUGCAGAAGUAUGCUUAACCUUACCGAAGAGUACCUUACCGAAAGAAUGCUGUGUGCUGGUUACGACGAAGGUGGCAAGGAUUCCUGUUCCGGUGAUUCUGGAGGACCCAUGGUUGCCAAUAACACUCUCAUCGGUAUCGUAUCGUGGGGUCGUGGAUGUGGGCGGAGAGGAAGUCCCGGUGUCUACACUAACGUCACAGACAUUCGUCAGUACAUUAGAGAUACUGCAUCACUGUAAAAAAAGAUACUUAUUGUUAAGAUAUUUCUUCCAGAGGAAGGAUUUUAUUACAAAUAAGAAAUAUUUAAACUAAA